UAAAAAUGGCGGUAGCCGGUGUUUCACUCAUGCGACUGAAAGGGCUGAGCAAAAUCGCCAAAUGUGUUUAUACAGGAGGCAAAACAGCGUCCAACUGGACCAGGGAAAUGCGGUGGUACACGACUAAACCCGGAAGCUUUGAGGAACCCGUUGCAUCUUAUUUUCAUACUAAACGAGAUAACCUUAGCCCAGACCUCCUGAAGGAGUUUCCAGAUCCCAAAAGCCUCUUGAAUAACACCAUCUCUCGGUCACUGGGAGUCAGCGACCUGUCCCAGUUCAUCCAGUACAGCUACACUGAACAUGCGGGUAUCAAGAAAGCCAUUGUCACACUGCUGUGGCCCUGCAAGAUUGAAGAGGAGGGUUAUGGUUCCAAGAGGAGUGAUGCAGAACGAUUUGCUGCAGCUGCUGCUUGUCUCAAGCUCAAAGAAAUGGGUGUGAUUGGUCCAAACAAUCAGCUCCCCAGGAGGAGAGCUGGCAGGGGGAGAGGAGGGAUACAUUCACCCUUUUAUGAUAACGAGGACGACUCUUGGAAAGAUAAUGUCCAUGUGUCUAAAGCUAAAGCAGAUGCACAAAAACAAUACCUCCCUCCCGUAGAAGAUACCGCCAAUGUCGCUGAAGCUCUCUCCCUUUUUCCUCAACCUAAAUCUCUCCUGGGCAGAGUCAUCCAGGUGGCCACAUCAUCCGACAGAAUCAAGGAGCUAAUGAAGUUCAGAACAACAGGAGGGAAGCAAAAGAAGUGUGAACUAACCCUGCACUGGCCUGAGGAGAUGACGUUCACAGCUACAGCAAGCAAUAGAGUGACAGCAGAGAAGAAAGCUGCAGCUCUUGCCUGCAUGACUCUGAAGGAGCUACAGCUGCUGGAUAAAAACAACAAUCCGCUGACUCAUGCCAAGUAUCACCAUGAGAAGGUGAGGGAGGCUGGGGAGAGGGAGAGACGCCCCCUCCCACUGGAAGUCCCAAAAUACCUGGAGAUUCACAUGAGAGAGUAUCUCGCACAAUACCCAGUGGCAACAGAAGUGCAGAAACUAUGGGAGGAGGAAGAGGCGAGAGGACAGCAGACAGUAAACCAGGAGGAUGAAGAGGAAGAGGAGGACUUGGUGACAGACGCCAUCACUGGCAGACCAUACAAACCUUUGUCUAAACAGGAGGCUCAGCAGCUCAACAUCCACCUACAGGAGGAAUGGGAGCAGGUGAACCGUGGACUGAGUGUGGAGCUCCCGGUUGAUGGCCACCGUCAGCAUGUGGUCUCGGCUGUGCAGUCCUCCAAGGUGGUUGUGAUCGCUGGUGAAACAGGAUGUGGCAAAACGACACGGAUCCCCCGCUUCCUGCUGGAGGAGUGUGUGAGAGGCGGGGAGGGAGCCGAGUGCAACAUCCUGGUGACCCAGCCUCGUCGAAUCAGCGCUGUAUCAGUGGCCCAUCGUGUUGCUCAUGAGAUGGGGCCAGCUCUGAAACACUCUGUGGGAUAUCAGGUGAGACUCGAGAGCCGACCCCCAGAGCACAGCGGAGGAGCCUUGCUCUUCCUCACAGUGGGCGUCCUGCUGAGGAAGCUGCAGUCGAAUCCGUCCCUGAGGGGUAUCAGUCAUGUGGUGGUGGAUGAGGUCCAUGAGAGAGACAUAAACACAGACCUGCUGCUGGCCUUGCUGCGCUCCUGCUUAAGAGAGAACCCCGAUUUACGAGUUGUGCUUAUGAGCGCUACUGGGGACAACAAGAGGCUGGUCCAGUACUUUGGAGGCUGCCCAAUUGUGAAGGUGCCAGGGUUCAUGCACCCAGUGAGGGACAGAUACUUGGAGGAUGUGCUAACAGAGAUGGGACGCCCACUGCCAGUCCAAGAGAGAGAGAAGAGAGACAAGCAGGGAGGAAGAGAUGAGAUUACACCCGAUCUAGAUUUAGUAGCUGAUGUAAUUGAGCACAUUGACAGAAAAGGAGAGCCAGGUGCAGUGUUGUGUUUCCUCCCCGGAUGGCAAGACAUCAAGGCAGUUCAGGAGAAACUCGAAGGGAAGCCCCACUUUUCCUCAGGCUCACAGAUGAUCCUGCCAUUGCACUCUAGUUUAUCAGUGGCCGACCAGCAGGCUGUGUUUCAGCGCCCCCAAACGGGCCAGAGGAAGAUUGUGCUCACCACCAAUAUUGCUGAGACCUCUAUCACCAUAGAUGACAUUGUCCAUGUGGUGGAUGCAGGAACUCACAAAGAACAGAAUUAUGACCCACGGACGAAGGUGUCCUGUCUGGACACAGUUUGGAUAUCCCACUCUAAUGUCACUCAAAGAAAAGGGAGAGCAGGGCGAUGUCAGCCAGGACAGUCCUACCACCUGUUCCCACGAAAACAUUUGGAAUCAAUGACUCCAUUCCCAAUCCCUGAGAUCCUGCGCACCCCGCUGGAGAGUUUAGUAAUGCAGGCUAAAAUCCACAGUCCUAACUCCAAGGCUGAAGAUUUCUUAUCCCAAGUGUUGGACAGUCCAGAGCCAGAAGCUGUCAGAUGCGCUGUCCGAAAUCUACAAGACAUAGGAGUUCUGGACAAGACAGAAACCCUGACACCUUUAGGAGAGCGUGUUGCGUGUAUGUCAUGUGACCCUCGGCUGGGCAAAAUGCUGGUCCUGAGUGCCAUGUUCAGAUGUGUUCUGCCCAUGUUGUCUAUUGCUGCCUGUCUGACGAGAGAGCCCUUUCACAACAGCCUGCAGAACAGAGCACUAGUCAACAAGGCGAAAGAGGCUCUGAGCGGCUCCAGCUACAGUGACUAUUUGGUGUUCAGUAGAGCUGUGUUAGGCUGGAGGAGAGUUCAGCAGGAGGGCAACAGAGAGGACAGAGAUGAGUAUCUGGACAAACACAAUCUGUCCAGGGCCAGCCUUCGAUUCAUCAAUGGGCUCAUCUCUCAGUUCAGUGAGAACCUGCAUGAAGCUGAGAUGGUUUCUCGUGCCAGUGAGUGCCAGCGUCACACUUCUCUCUACAAUGAACACAGCAACCAGGAUGAGCUGCUUAAAGCUGUGCUGCUGGCUGGACUCUAUCCCAACCUCAUUCAGGUGAAGAAAGGUGUCGUGACCAAAGGAGGGCGCUUUCGCCCCAAUGGUGUGCUUUUCCGCACACUCAGUGGACCAGUGCUGCUUCACCGCUCAUCAGUGAACAGAGGAGAGGAAGAGUUCCCCAGUCGCUGGUUGACCUUCUUCUCCGCAGUCAAGUCCAGCGGGAACGUUUUCAUCAGAGACUCUUCUGUGGUCCAUCCACUCGCCCUGCUGCUGCUAACAGACUGUGAUAUCACGGAGACAGUGAGCAGAGACAGAGUGGAAGUGUCAUUUCCUGGUCGCUCUCUGGUGCGCUGUGAGUUGACGGUUGAGAUUUGGGAGCUGCUUUGGGAGCUACGCACUUCGAUUCAGACCAUGCUGUAUCGAAACCUCAGCAAUCCCAACAACGCAAUCACCCACUCUUCUCAAGAUGGAAAGCUCAUCUCCUUACUUGUGGAGCUGCUCAGCAAUACAGACUCAAAUCCUUUUGCUCAAAAUCACAACAGCGACAGUGAGGUGGAUUGAUGACGAUGAACGCAUGUGUACGCUAGAUCUGGCUGGUACAGAGGAACCAAAAAAGAUUAUGGGAGACAGAGAGAGAGUUGUUUGUUUUGUUUUUUUUUUUUUUUGUUAAAUUGAGAUAAAUGAUAAACUCGAACUGUAGCGUGAGGAAAUCCAUUUGUAUGGAUUGUGAAGUAAGGUUUAUUGUUUAUGGUUAUUUGCUUUCUGAAAAGCAUAAAUUGAAUUUUACUCCAACGAGUAAAGACGAAGGUUGCCUGGCCGAAAGGUCAUUAAAAUGGACUGCAUGCAGUAAAUGUCAUAUUUAUUGUAAUAAAUAUUAACAUGUCAACGUGAGGGGAAAACGGCUG